AAUUUGGGUUUAAUUUGUGUCGAUUGGUUAAUUGGCAGGUUUAAUUGCUGUAGAACAGAAAAGAUUUUGAUCGUUGAAUUUGAAGUAGACGGAAGUUUAAGUUGAAUAAAGUCUAAAUAUUUGGAGGAGAAUUUAGUAGGAAUGAAGAACUUUGAACGUUUAGCGAAUCUGGCUCUUGCAGGUUUGUCUUUGGCACCACUUGUUGUGAAGGUGAAUCCAAAUGCAAAUGUGGUAUUGACGGCUUGUCUUGCUGUAUAUGUUGGCUGUUAUCGGUCAGUCAAGCCAACACCACCAACUGAAACCAUGUCCAAUGAACACGCUAUGCGAUUUCCGUUAGUCGGGAGUGCAAUGUUGUUGUCUCUGUUUUUACUUUUUAAGUUCUUUUCAAAGGACCUGGUCAAUGCUGUGCUGACGUGCUAUUUCUUUCUUCUUGGAAUAUUAGCCUUCUCCGCAACAUUGCUACCUGCCAUAAAGCGUUUCCUGCCAAACCAGUGGAAUGAAAAUGUUAUUGUCUGGCGCUUUCCUUAUUUCCGCUCUUUGGAGGUUGAGUUAAAGUCUCAGGUAGUCGCCGCAAUUCCUGGAUUCUUCUUUUGUGUUUGGUAUGCUGCAAAGAAGCAUUGGCUUGCCAACAAUAUCUUGGGCCUGGCUUUCUGCAUUCAGGGAAUUGAAAUGCUUUCACUUGGUUCUUUCAAGACUGGGGCCAUUCUCUUGGGUGGACUUUUUCUGUAUGAAAUCUUUUGGGUCUUCUUUACUCCAGUUAUGGUUAGUGUAGCCAAGUCCUUUGAUGCACCUAUAAAGGUAAGUUCUUACUUUUUGUUCCCCACAGGAGAUGCUGCAAGACCAUUUUCUAUGUUGGGAUUAGGAGAUAUUGUUAUCCCUGGCAUCUUUGUGGCAUUGGCAUUGCGAUUUGAUGUUUCCAGAGGGAAAGAGAGCCAAUACUUUAAGAGUGCUUUUGUUGGGUACACAGCUGGCUUGGUCCUUACAAUCGUUGUGAUGAACUGGUUUCAAGCUGCACAGCCUGCACUUCUUUACAUUGUUCCAGCUGUUAUUGGAUUUUUGGCAGUACACGUGACAUGGAACGGUGAUAUCAAACCGUUGAUGGAAUUUGACGAGGCAAAGAUGGCUGAGGCUCUUUUAUCAAAAUGAAGCGAUUCUACAUCGAGUAAGAAAGCAGACUAGAUGAGAUGAGGAUGAGUCUUGAGUUGGAACACAAUUAGAUCGCAGCUCCUGAAUUUCUUCAGGGGUUGAAAUCCUCUCAAAACUCUGGGGGCUUUUCUAACUUACGGACCUUCACAUAGUACCCUUGUAAAAGAUUUUGAUGGAAUUGUGGAUAGAUACUAUUGUCACCAGCCCCAUAAUAGGAAACAUUAUCUUUUUCCUUUGUCA